AUGGCGUCUGAUCCAGCAACGCCUGACAGGCGAACUAGCUCAGAGAGAACGGUCGACGUUGAACGAGAUGCUGGCAUAGAAGACUUCAAAAUUCAACACAACCACGAAUUGCCGAUAAAUAACACCACGGAGACUGAGAAGGGCUCACAAACGGGAGAUGGCGUUGAAACCACACCCGCAGCCAACAACACUGCCAGCCAACAUGCAAAUCAAGCUGCAAACUCGCAGCAUGCCGAACCUGAAGCUGAGCGGACACAGGUCGAGACUUUCCUCGUCGUCUUCGCCUUAUGUCUGGCUCUUUUCCUCGCCGCCCUCGACAUGACCAUCAUCACCACCGCAAUUCCAACAAUAUCGAGCACGUUUGACUCCAGCUUGGGCUACAUUUGGAUUGGCUCCGCUUAUCUUCUCGGCAACGCGACUUUUGUACCUACAUGGGGCAAGAUCUCAGACAUUUUCGGCCGAAAGCCCGUCUUGAUUGGCGCCGUUGUCAUCUUUUGGAUCGGCUCGCUCCUUUGCGCCGUUAGCAAUAGCAUGGGCAUGCUCAUCGCUGCACGAGCCAUUCAAGGUGUUGGUGGCGGCGGUACCAUUGUGCUGCCCAACAUUUGCAUCUCAGAUUUGUUUUCUAUGCGCAAGCGUGGCAUGUAUUUUGGUAUUUUGGGCGGUGUAUGGGCUAUUGCGUCGGCCGUUGGUCCCGUGCUUGGAGGCGUCUUCACCAGUAAAGUUUCCUGGAGAUGGUGCUUUUAUAUCAACUUGCCGCUGUCAGGAGUCGGCAUCAUCAUUCUCAUCUUUGUGCUCAAACUUCACAACCCGAGAACCCCUAUGAAGCAGGGACUUUUGGCUAUUGACUGGGCGGGCAGCUUGUUGAUUAUCGGCGGCACACUCAUGUUCCUCUUUGGCCUCGAGUUUGGCGGCGUUCAGCAUCCCUGGGACUCCGCCACAGUUAUUUGUCUCAUUGUAUUUGGUGUCGUUACCAUUGGCCUCUUUGUGUUUUACGAAGCCAAGGUUGCAAAGUAUCCCAUCAUGCCAGUCUCAUUGUUCAAACACCGAACCAGCGUCGCUGCCUUUGCCCUCUCCUUCAUGCACGCCUUCACCUUUAUGGGAGGCAGCUACUGGCUUCCGCUUUAUUUCCAGGCCGUCAUGGGCGCGACGUCUCUUCUCUCAGGCGUCUACCUCCUCCCGUUUGUUCUCUCCCUCUCCAUCACCUCCGCCGGCGUGGGAAUCGUCAUCAAGCGCACAGGCAACUACAAGAUCCCCAUCAUGUUCGGUCUCACCGUCAUGACACUCGGCUUCGGCCUGUUCAUCGACCUCGGUGACGAUAGAAACUGGGCCAAAAUCAUCGUCUUCCAAAUUAUCGCUGGUAUCGGUGUCGGCCCCAACUUCCAGUCUCCCCUAAUUGCUCUACAGACCAACGUUGAGCCUCGUGAUAUUGGUUCUGCUACUGCAAGCUUCGGCUUCCUCCGCCAGCUGGGCACCUCGAUCUCCGUUGUCGUCGGCGGCGUUAUUUUCAACAACCAGAUGCAAGCACAGGAGGGUACGCUGCAGCAAGAACUUGGUCCCAAGCUAGCUAGCAUGUUUACUGGUUCCCGCGCCGCAGCCAGCGUGCACGUAGUUGGCGAUUUGCAAGGCCACGACGCUGCGGUUGUCAAGAAUGCCUAUUGGAACGCAUUGCAGAAGAUGUAUAUUCUGUUCACGUGCACGGCAUUUGUUGGGUUGGUGCUCAGUUUCGCCAUUAAACAGAAGAAGUUGAGCAAGGAUCAUACGGAGCACAAGACUGGCCUGCAGUCGUUGAAGAAGAGAGCGGAGGGAGAUGCGCCUGAGGUGGCCGAAAAGAAGGCCCUUGAGAAUUAG